UGGUGGGAGAGAGCUAGUAUGAUGGUGAUUCUACUCAACUGUGUUACACUGGGCAUGUAUCAACCAUGUAAUGACCAGAUCUGUGAUUCCAACAGAUGCAAAGUACUCGAAGCCUUUGACCAUUUCAUAUUUGCCUUUUUUGCCAUUGAGAUGAUAAUCAAGAUGCUAGCUAUGGGAGUGUUUGGUAAAGAUGCAUAUAUGGCCGAUUCCUGGAAUAAAUUGGACUGUUUUAUUGUCAUAGCUGGAGCUGUAGAAUAUGGAAUUGAUACAGAAAAUUUAAGUAUAUCUGCCAUUAGAACAAUCCGUGUUUUACGUCCACUUCGUGCUAUUAAUCGAAUUCCAAGUAUGCGUAUACUGGUGAUGUUAUUGUUAGACACGUUACCUAUGUUAGGAAAUGUCUUGUUAUUAUGUUUUUUUGUGUUUUUUAUAUUUGGGAUUAUUGGGGUACAACUAUGGGCUGGGGUGUUACGAAAUCGAUGUUUUAUAGAUAUCAGUGAUAAUAUAUCUUAUGUGGGGACACUACCAACAUUUUAUAAGCCAUUAAAAGGAGACUAUAUUUGUAGUAAAGAAAGUGAAUCAGGAAUACGAACUUGUAAAAAUUUACCAUUAUUUCAAUAUGAGGGAAGACUGUGUAAUGCAAGUGCUCAAGAAUUUAGUAACAAUACGCCAACACCAUAUUCAUGUGUGAAUUGGAAUCAAUAUUAUACGAAAUGUGAUGCAGGCGACAGAAACCCUUUUCUAGGAUCUAUAUCAUUUGAUAAUAUAGGAUUUGCCUGGGUGGCUAUCUUUCAAGUGAUAAGUUUAGAAAGUUGGGUGAAUAUUAUGUAUUAUGUUCAAGAUGCUCAUUCAUUCUGGGACUGGGCUUAUUUUGUUGCUCUUAUAGUUAUUGGCUCAUUUUUUAUGAUUAAUUUGUGUUUAGUUGUCAUAGCAACACAAUUUUCUGAAACUAAAAAACGUGAAACUGAAAGAAUGUUACAAGAAAGAAAACGAUAUCAAUCGACCAGUACAAUUGCAAGCAAUUCUGAACCAGCUGGUUGCUAUACAGAAAUUUUGAAACUUAUCGUGCAUUUAUUUCGGCGUGCUAAACGAAAAGUUAUUAGUAGAUAUUGUCAAAGUAGUGCAAAAAGACAGAGAAAAAUAAAUCCAGAGAAAGCAAUAUCUCUACGGAGGAAAAGACAUCGACGGAAAGGACUGUUUGCUGACACAUUAUUGGUCGAUCAUAUUGUUGCUGAAAAUAAACGUGUUUCAUUAUCGCAUCAACUGUCCCGCACUCAUAGCGACUGCGAGACUGCUAAUAGCCAUUCUGAAUACGAUAAUAGUGACAGUGAUAAAGAUUAUGACAGUGAUUCUGAGGACGAUUGGAAGGAAGAAAAAAAGAAAAACAAAAACUCUUCUAUUCAGUUUGUACAAGAUAAAACCAAACAAUUUGUAGAAACUCAGUUUUUUCAACGAGGUAUUUUAGUGUGUAUAUUAUUGAAUACAUUAAGUAUGGCUGUUGAACAUCAUAAUCAGCCUAAAGCAUUGACAGAAGUGUUGGAAUAUAGUAAUAUAGUAUUUUGUGCUUUAUUUACUAUUGAAAUGGUGCUGAAAGCUGUAUCAGAAGGCUUGUUUGGUUAUAUAAGUGAUGGUUUUAAUGUGUUUGAUGCAUUUAUUGUUAUUCUCAGCAUUAUUGAACUUGCUCAGGGUGGGACUAGUGGAUUAUCAGUUUUACGUACAUUCCGAUUACUACGAAUAUUGAAACUUGUCCGCUUUCUGCCUGCUUUACGACGGCAACUUGUUGUUAUGUUACGAACAAUGGAUAAUGUAGCAACAUUUUUUGCUCUCCUUAUUUUAUUUAUGUUCAUAUUCAGCAUUCUUGGUAUGAAUCUGUUUGGUUGUAAAUUUUGUGGAAUGAAGAAAGGAGUUUUCAAAUGUGAUCGCAAAAAUUUUGACUCCCUACUUUGGGCAUUGAUAACGGUUUUUCAGGUAUUUGAAAAGGGCAGACCAAUAUAUAUUUUGGGGAUGAGUGUUUUUGGAGGUCAAUUUUGUGAAAGAUUGGAUGGUACACAAUGUUCAUGUGAAGAUUUGAACAAUGCAACAAUUGUAUGUAUUUGUGACAGAGCAAACUUUGAUACCUUGCUCUGGUCACUAGUCACAGUCUUCCAGGUAUUAACCCAAGAAGAUUGGAAUACUGUGUUGUAUAAUGGUAUGUCUAAAACAUCUCCCUGGGCAUCUCUGUAUUUUAUUGCAUUGAUGACAUUUGGAAACUAUGUCCUCUUCAAUCUACUGGUUGCUAUCCUGGUUGAAGGAUUUGCUACUGAUGCCAAAGAAAUGGAAGAAUUGGAAAAAGAAGAAAAGGAAAAACAAAGAUUAGCUGAAAAUAAUAAUAUUGAUGAUAAAAAAAUGUUAGCUCUUCCACCUGCAGUAGCUGUUACCAAAGAAGAAAAUACAGGUCAAGUGUUGGCAGUUACUGUUCCUGAUGGUCCAUUAAACCCACCAAUCAUAACUCAUACUGCUGCUACUCCCAUGGCAACACCACAAGGUUCACCCAAUGAGAGUGCAGCAAAAGAUAUCAACAAUAAACUUGCAGUAAGCGUUAAUCGCCCGUAUCAACGCAGUUCAUUAUCAGUAGAUUCACAUAGAUCAGUGGUAUGGCUUAUUUCACCAAACAGGGACUGUAAUGGUCAUCCACCUCUCAACAAUCAACGAACAUUGAGUCCUCAAAAUUCCAUAAAAGGUCACAGACCACAAACUCUUACGCCAAAAAACUCAAUUAAAUCCAAUCAUAGUUGGAGUAGGAAUAACUCUGUGACUAGUAAUAGAAGUGUGUGCAAUUCAUUUGAAUUAAGUCGCCAAAAUUCUUUCACCAGUCAUCGGACAUUGACCUCAGUGGGGAGUGGCACAUCAAAAGAAGAGUUAAGGAAAUUCUGUCAUCAUUUGAUAUCACGACAAUGGUUUGAUAAUGGUGUGUUAUUUUUUAUUGCGUUAAAUUGUAUCACAUUAGCCAUGGAAAGACCAGAUAUUCCUCCAGAUAGUGUGGAAAGACAGUUUUUAAUCUAUGCUAACUACAUGUUUACGACUAUCUUCUCAGCUGAAAUGGUUAUAAAGAUCAUAGCUAAAGGUGUAGUAGUAGGGAAACAUGCAUAUUUAAAAAGUGGAUGGAAUGUAAUGGAUGGAUUUCUAGUUGUUAUAUCAUUGGUAGAUAUGAUUAUUUCCCUCAGUGCCUCCAGUUCUCCUAAAAUCUUCGGCAUUCUCCGUGUUUUCCGAUUAUUGAGAACUUUACGACCUCUCAGAGUGAUAAGUCGAGCUCCAGGAUUAAAAUUGGUUGUACAAACAUUAUUAUCAUCAUUACGUCCUAUUGGAAAUAUUGUUUUUAUCUGUUGUACAUUCUUUAUUAUAUUUGGUAUUCUUGGUGUUCAGUUAUUUAAAGGCUCAUUCUACUACUGUAAAGGACCAGAUGUAACACAUAUCCAAAAUAAAACACAAUGUCUAGCAGAUAAACGUAAUAUCUGGAUCAACCAGAAAUAUAACUUUGAUAAUAUUGGUAUGGCGUUAAUGGCCCUGUUUGUGUUAGCAUCUAAAGAUGGUUGGGUCAGUAUUAUGUAUACUGGUUUAGAUGCUGUAGGUGUUGAUCAACAGCCGCAAGAAAACUACAGUGAAUGGCGUCUGCUUUAUUUCAUAUCAUUUCUCCUAUUGGUUGGCUUCUUUGUAUUGAACAUGUUCGUGGGAGUUGUAGUGGAAAAUUUUCACAAAUGUCGAGAAUCACAAGAAAUUGAAGAACGGGCUGCCAGAUUUGCCAAAAGACAAGAAAAGUUAGAGAAGAAGCGCAAGAGUGAGGGAAUUUCCACUAAGAAAGCUGGGUUACGAGAACCACCUUAUUGGGCAGAAUAUUCCAAAUGUCGUCUUCUUAUCCAUACAGUUAUAAAUAGUAAAUAUUUUGACCUUGCUAUAGCUGGGGUCAUAGGUCUCAAUGUCAUCUCCAUGGCAAUGGAAUAUUACAUGAUGCCUCCUGAACUGAAAUUUGCUCUGAAGAUAUUCAACUAUUUUUUCACCAGUGUAUUUAUUCUGGAAGCUGCAAUGAAAAUAAUAGCAUUAGGUUUUAUACGAUAUAUAAAAGAUCGGUGGAAUCAGUUAGAUAUAUUUAUAGUUAUUUUAUCUAUAGUGGGUAUUAUACUAGAAGAAAUGGAAACCAAUGUCAUACCUAUUAAUCCUACUAUUAUUAGGGUUAUGAGAGUUCUACGUAUUGCUAGAGUGUUAAAGUUAUUAAAGAUGGCUAAAGGUAUUAGAGCAUUGCUAGAUACUGUGAUACAAGCCUUACCACAAGUUGGUAAUCUUGGCCUCCUCUUCUUUCUACUAUUCUUCAUAUUUGCUGCUCUGGGAGUUGAAUUGUUUGGCAGAUUGGAAUGCUCCCAAGAACAUCCAUGUGAAGGUUUGGGUGAACACGCUCAUUUCCGAGAUUUUGGUAUGGCAUUCUUAACAUUGUUCCGUGUUGCUACUGGUGACAACUGGAAUGGUAUAAUGAAGGAUACAUUACGUGGUGAUUGUAAUGCUAGUGACAACUGUUUGGUCAAUUGCUGUGUCAGUCCAUUCAUUUCUCCAGUAUAUUUUGUGGUGUUUGUGUUGAUGGCUCAGUUUGUGCUAGUAAAUGUGGUGGUUGCUGUACUCAUGAAACACCUAGAGGUAUUGUUGUUUUUAGUAAUUUUAUCUCUAUUACAGCAUCAUUCCAUUCUUAAUAAGACAUUGAACAAAUCAAAGUUAUUUUUAUAA